UCUCGGGACAUCAGUUGUUGAAAAGAUGCCCCCAAAGGUGAAAUAUAAGCCUUUCAAAAGGAACACACUUCUUGAGGAACUCCAAAGUAUUCUUCAUGAAUAUCCAGAUAAUGAACAAAUUAUCAAGGAAUUGCUACAAAAUGCCGAAGAUUCAGGAGCGUCUGUGGUUAAAAUGGGAUUUUGUCCUUCAUCGAAUGCAGAUUAUCUACCUGAUCCCUACAGAAAAUACCUAUCGGGCCCCGCUCUUUGCUUUUACAAUGACGCAAUCUUUGAAGAGGAGGACUGGGAUGGAAUCACAAUGGUCAGAAAGAGCAAUAAACAAGAUGAUCCACUUAAAGUUGGGAAAUUUGGGAUUGGAUUUAAAUCCGUGUUUCACAUAACAGAUUUCGUGUGUGUCAUAAGUGGUGAAAAUAUCCUUUUUAUUGACCCAUUGCGUGAACAGAUAGACCCCAAUACCAUGUGUCCCUUCAAUACAAUAGAAGAAUUUACAGACCAGGAAAUAUGUGGUAAAAGAGGGCUAGAGCCACUUUAUGGCUUGUUUGAAAUUAAUGAAAAAAUAGUGGAAAAAGGACUUUAUGAUGGUACUUUUUUCUGGUUUCCUCUUCGCAAGUCUGCUUCAGAAUUGUCCGAAAAUAUAUACACACAGGAAAAAGUAGAAGACCUCUUCAACUCUCUCAAAGAAGAAAUUGGAAUUGAACUUUUAUUUUUAACAUCUGUUGAAGAGUUACAUGUAUGCAACAUGUCAGGUAGCACUCUUGACACAGAAAGCUCUAUUUCAGUAGAUAGAAGUACAAGUUGGCUGGAUAAAAUGCCGGCAGAAAGAUCUCAAUACAAAGAAAAAAUAAGGGAAAUAGAAAGAGAACUCUCUAAUGAUGACUCAGCAUUUUUCCACAACGAUCCUAUUCUGUUGAAAACAAUUGUACAAUACAAAAUUCAUCUGGAUUCACAAGAUUUUUUCCAGAAAUGGCUGGUUGUUCAGUAUUUUCACACUGGAAGUGUUUGCAGGGAUGAGAUAAAUGAAAAAUUGUCACAACUUGUAAAAACUCGGCACUGUAAAUAUAGACCCUAUUUAGGUAUUGCAGCCAGACUUGAUUCACCCACUUCAUCAGGGCGUGUAUUUUGCUUUCUUCCAUUGCCUUCUACCAAUGAAAGUCCCACUGGUUUACCUGUGCAUGUCAAUGGAUAUUUUGCCCUAGACAGUAAUAGACAACAUUUAAAGUGGCCAUCGCUUGAUCAAACUGCUAGCAAUUCACACUUGGAAAAGGAUAUGGAUUGGAAUGUAUUGUUGGUACACAAUAUUUUACCAAUUGUAUACAGAGAGUUCUUGAAUUCAUGGAGCAAUGACCUUAAAACUGAAAUGGAAACUCAUUUGGGAAUGUUUUAUCAGUAUAUACCAAGGGUAUCAAAAGUUGAUUCCCAAUGGAGGCAUGUUUGUAAAGGAGUUGAAGAUCAUCUUAUUCACUCGGAAAUACCCUGUCUAGAGAAAAAGCAUUGGAUAAAAUUUCAAGAUGCCUUUCUUGCAGUAUUCCAAGAGGAUGUAUCUAGAAAUGUACAAUCAACAGUAAAAAGGUUGUUUGACAAAUGCACAAAGAAAACAGUUAUAAUUGAAAAUUAUUCGGAUCUGUACAAUGAAUGGGAAAAAAUGUCAUUUGUUCCGAAAUGUACAAAUCCAAAAGAAACGCUGAACAUUCUUAAAAUAUGGAAGAACUAUGAGCAGAUGUCAUCAAAAGAAAAGGAAGAUCUGUUGAUUUACUGCUGUAGUGAUAGGCACUAUGGACUUUCAAAUUUGGAUGGAAUAAAACUAGUUCCAGUAGCCAAUGGUGAUUUUAAAAUAUUUUCAAGUGAUAAAGCAAUCAAAGAAGAAAGAAUUUAUCUUUGUGAGGAAAAUGAACUUGAAAUAUUGAUCGGCAUGGAAGGAUAUCUUGUGAAAAAUUCCAAUACAGAACUUGGGAAUGUUUUGAAAUCUUUAGCAGCAUCAGAGUUAUACAAUUUUCAAAUCCUUGAUGAAAACGAUUUUUUGAGACUGCUGACUGAUGUAGCUCCCGCGGAGGAAAGUUAUGAAAUAAAGCUUAUAAAAGGCAGUGGAAAGGUGUUUGGAGACAAAUGGUUACAGAAAGUAUGGAAUUAUUUGAAAAUUCACUGUCAAAACACCCUUUCUCCUGUAGCUGGAAUGCCUCUUGUGAAAACGAAGGGGUGCGAUGUUUUGAGAAAGUUAUCAGACGCUUUUAUCAGUGAGGAAAAUAUCGAAUUUUCCAUGAGAAACAUCCUUGGGUAUUUUAACAUUUGGAUUAUUGAUACUGCUUUUCAUGAUCAUCCUUUAUUGCAACCUGGAAAGGGUAUAGUAUUGCCAUCAUCGGACAAUGGAAAAGAAAAGAUUCUGUUAAAAUGCAUUGAAAAAGGAAUGAACUCAUUGAAUUCUGGUUCCUCAGAAGAGAAGGAAUUAUUUAAAACAUUCCUACCAAAUACAGUUUCCCCUCCACUAAUCAAUGCAGUAGGAAAAUUGGAAAUAUUCAAAUGUUUCUCAAAUGUUCAGGAAAUGGUCAGCUAUGCCUUUUUAAAGGAAUGUUGCCAUGUUUAUGUUGGAAAUGAGGAUUUCCCUGUCUCAUUCCCAUGCAACAUGAUCAUAGCUUCUUCAAAACACGAAGAGACACUAUUGCUUAGAAACCCUCUAUCGGUUAAAGUAACCUUAAAUGUUGUUGUGGAGAAAUGUUUAUCAAAAAUGAAUCAAGAUAGAUAUUUCUUGAAAGAGAAGGAGAGAAGGAAUUUUUGCUUUUAUGUUUUGGAAAUGCAUUCUUCUUUAACAAAUUGGAUAAGCAUUCAAAGGAGUAUAGCUGAUAUCAAAUUCAUUGAAAAUAGAAGUGGGCAUUUGCGUUCUCCACAUCAGCUUUAUGAUCCAGAUGAUGACAUUUUGAAAGAUCUAUUUCUUGAAGAGUCCAAAUUUCCAUCAGAGGCUUUAACAAAAGAGACUUUGUUAAAGAGUGCAAAUGUGCAAUUUCUGACAAGAACAAGUGCUACUCUGAAAGAUGAUAUUGUGGCCACAUGCAAGGGUCUUCAUGAAAAAGCGUUCAGUUCUGCAACAAGUUUACGAAAGGCAAAAGCUCUGAAUCAAAUUCUUAACGCAUAUCCAAAUUUAUUUGACUCCAUUUAUUCAUCGAUAGAAAGAUACAAUAUCAUGCAAUAUCAAACCAACAGACCUGAAGACUAUCCAAGAUCACUCAAGUGGUAUUCCGGCAAGGAAAUUCUAGUUUCAUUAAAGGAAAUUUGUUCUGAAGAAUGUGGAUAUCUGAUGGGAUCAAUAUUUCCAACUGCUUUGAAGGAUUGGGAAAACCUUGUACUUACAAAACCCAAAGCUGUACCACUGAAAUAUGUGAUACAGCAUUUUAUCAAAGUUACUGAAUGUUACUGUGAGGAAGAGCUUGAUAAUUACAGAUAUGUUGUAAAAAAGAUAUACCAAUAUCUUUCAAAACAAUCCGAAGUCAAUAUUUGGAAGAAUCUUCUUCCAGACAAAUGUAUACUCACAGAACAAGGUUUUAUGAAACCAGAAAGUAUAUAUAUUGAACGAUACAACAAUGAUUUGAAUUUGACUCCUUACUUUUUUCCUUUGGAGAAAGAAUAUGGUGCAAUUCAAAGUCUUUUCAAAAAGCUAGGAUGUAAUACGAAACAGACAGCUGAUUUGCUCAUCGAAACUCUACACAAGAUAAACUCUAGUCAUUCAUCAGAAAUGCCUACGUCUGAUUCUAAAUGCGACUUGAAAAUAGUUCAAAAUAUCUUAAAAACUUUAGCAAAAACAUAUUCCUUGGAGGUACCCAAUUUGAGGCAUAAGAUAAUCGUACCAAUUCACCAAAAAGAUGACAGCUAUCUUGUGUUUAGACGUUCAGAAGAAUGUGCAUAUUGUGAAUCAGAUUGGUUUAGUAGAACCUUUACAGAUGAAGAUUAUAUUACUCUAGUUCAUUCACAAAUUGACAAGGAGGAUGCUAAGGCUGUUGGGGUAAGAUCCUUAAAAGAAUUAACAUUAUCUGAUGCAGAGGAUAUAAUCACCGAAUUUGGACAAUCUGAACCCCUCACAUCUCGAUUGAAUCGUCUUCUAGAAGAAGGAUAUACUGAUGGACUCUCUGUGCCAAAGGAACUUAUUCAAAAUGCAGAUGAUGCUGGAGCAUCCGAAGUGUGCUUCCUUUAUGAUGAAAGGGAAAACGAAAAUGCUAGAAGUUGUCUUUUAGACCAAGGCAUGGAAAGCUGUCAGGGACCAGCCUUAUGGGCUUUUAAUAAUGCGGAUUUCACACCAGAAGAUUUCGAAAAUAUCCAGAAAUUAAGUGGUGCUACAAAACGAGAUGAUGAGACAAAGAUUGGAAGAUUCGGAUUAGGUUUCAAUGCUGUAUACAAUUUGACUGAUGUUCCUAGUUUUCUUAGUGGAAAAUAUUUAGUUUACCUAGAUCCCCAUCGCAAAUAUCUAGGAAAUACGACCUUAAAUGAGAAAAGCCCGGGUAUUAAGCUGAAUCUUCACAACAAAGUCAUGCUUGAAAAAUUUGAAAAUCAGUUUAAGCCAUACUAUAAUGUUUUCGGAUUUGUACCCACAGAACUUGCUAAAGGCAACUGGUUUAGUGGGACUUUAUUUAGAUUUCCUUUACGAACUAAUGAACAGGCAAAAACCAGUGAAAUUUUGCAGAAAGCAUACACAAGGAACGAAGUAGAAAAAUUGUUGAAAGUGAUCUGCAAGUCAUGUGGGAACAUGCUUCUUUUUACUCAGAAUGUUAAAGUUAUUAAGAUAUUUCACUUAAAGAGAGAAGGAAAAAAUCCCGACGAGGAAAUGGAACUAGUUCUAAGUGUUCAAAAAGAGGAAAAAACAGUCUUUAAGACUCAUGCUGAAGAAAGUUUCUUAGCUUGCGCUGCAAAACUCAGCGAUAAAUUGGAGGGUUUGACAACAAUUUGCAAGACAAGAAUUACAAUAAAGGGUAUGUGUCAGUCUUGGCUUGGCACAACUGAGCGUAUUAACCAUGGUGUAGAUUGGAUAUUAGUCUGGACAACAGGGAAAUCCGAUUCACUACAACUCUACAAGAAAAAGAAAAGUGAUGGUGCAUUACCAAUAUCCAGUGUCGCCGUGCCCAUUGAAAAUAUUGAGGAAAACGCAAUUCCAUUGCUUUUCUAUAAUGAAUUUCAAAAAAGAUAUCAAUAUGGUUUCUUUGACACUGGCCAUUUAUUUUGCUUCCUCCCACUACCAAUACAAACUGGGUUGAACUUUCAUGUGAAUGGAAUUUUUGCCCUCUCAUCCGAUCGGAAAAGAUUAGUGAUGCAGAGUGAAGAUGACAAAGAAAUAUCGGGUCAAAGUGUUUGGAAUACCAGUGUGAUAUCUGAUGCAACGUUAGAGGCUGUAUUGUUAUUGCUGCUAGAUUUAAAAGAUCGAUGCUCUGAAAGUUACAAUUAUACAAUGUUAUGGCCAGAUCAAUGUUCUGAUGGUAUUUGGGAAGAUUUCCAAAGAAUAUUUUACAAAGCAUUAGCUGAGCGACCAUUAGCCCUUUUCAGGACGCACUUCGGAUGGAAAUCAUUUCAGGAAUGUGUGUUUUUACAUCCAGAUGUCUGUGCAGAUGUGAAGCUGAAAAACAUUGCAUUCAAUAUAUUACAAGGCAACCACUCAAAUGGGAGAGUGGCGGUUGAUCUGCCAAACAAUUUCUUUUCAAAAUUUGAAAAGUUCACUGGAACGGAUUUUAAGAGGCAAGUUAUAACCUAUGAACAUUGCAUAACUGAAUUAUUUCUGCCAUAUCUCUCAAAUUUUCAGGGACAAGAAUAUGAUGAAAUCGUUAUAGAAGCCAUACAGAGCGGAAAUAGUAACAUUCUAGCUGCUAUUAAGGAAUCGGAAUGCAUUACAACACUUGCUGCUGGAAUAAGAAAAGCGCCUGGAAAUCUUGUACAUCCGAAAUCUUCCCUCAAAGAAAUUUUUCUGCCUGACGAAGAGUUUUUUCCAGAGAACAACUUUUGUAAAGGUGACGUUUUAGAUAUUCUUGUUGACCUUGGUAUGAUGAAAGAACAGAUUCCAUGGGAACUCCUACUACUACGAGCAAAAAGCGUCAUUUUAACAGGAGACCGCUGUUCUUCAUGUGCGCUUACAUGUUCAAACGAAAUUCUAAAACAUAUUCAUAAUUUUUUUGAUCAAUUACCAGAUGAAACUAGAGAGAAAUUGUCUUAUGUGAAAUUUUUGCCAUCAAAAGAGAAACCAAAAGACUGGCAAUGGAAAUGGUACACCGGUACAUUGAAGCAAACCACUGUAUCACAGAAAUGCACAAUCCACAGGUAUGAUGAAUUAGGUCAAAAGAGUCCAUUCUUACUCUUUGAAAAACCUUCGAAUUUAUUUUUUCAGUCAAACAGAAAUUUGGUUGCUUGCACUGAAGCAAUUCUUGAUUUUUACACUGAGGAAGACUUAUACAGUGUAGUAUUGAAAUCAAUAGGUGUAAAGUGCAAGAGCGAUAUAAAACAGCAGACAUUAAAGUUACAGCUUCAGGAGGUAAUUGAAAACUCAGAUGAUGCAAACGAUAGAAUUGUGGAAGAGGUAUGCUUUGCAGUGUAUGAAGCUCUUGAAGAAAAGCUUACAAAAGGAGAAUGGCAUGAGUUUGUUGAAAAUGACCUUUCAAUGUUGCCAUGCAUUUUGAUCAGUAAAACAUUUGUUAAUGCAAAAAAAGUGUUUUUCUCAUUAGGAAUUGACUGUAGUCCUUACAUAUACGGAAUCGAGAAAACAUCCCUGGGGCGAUACUCAAAAUUGAUGAAAACACUUGGUGUGAGAGAAGAAAUUGCCACUGAGGAAAUCAUCCAAAUUCUAUCAAAACUCGAGAAAAAAUACGAAGGCAAGCAGUUAUCAGAUACAGAUUUGAGUUUAACUUGCAACAUUAUAAAGCUCUUAGAAGAUUCCUGUAAGAUUCCAUCUGGAGACAUUUAUCUCCCUGAUACAAAUGGACACCUUCGACUUGCCAGGUACUUGUGUAUGAACGAUUUUAAAUGGAUUCCAGAAAAAGAUUCGAUGUAUUUCUUGCAUGAAAAAAUAUCUCCUAAAGUAGCGACACUUGCUGGUAUAAAAUCAAAGAGAGAGCAUUCUAUUCUUGAAGACUCGGAAGAUAUUGGAUAUGAAUUUGGACAACAUGAAGAUCUUAAAACUAGAAUUAGAUCUAUCUUGGAUGGAUAUCCAGACACUAGUAUUUUACAAGAGUUGCUUCAGAAUGCUGAUGAUGCUGGUGCAUCAGAGCUUCAUUUCAUCAUUGAUCAGAGAAGUCAUGGAACAGAGAAUGUUUUCAGUGAUAAUUGGGCAGAAAUACAGAGACCUGCUCUUUGUGUUUACAACGACAGCAUAUUUACUGAGCACAAUUUUCAAGGAAUUCAGAAUUUAGGUAUUGGAAGUAAACGUGAAGAUCCAACUGCAACAGGACAGUAUGGUAUAGGUUUCAACGUUGUUUAUCAUCUUACAGAUGUGCCCUCAUUUCUCACAAAAGAUUCAUCGAAGUCUCUAGAUACCUUAUGUAUUCUUGAUCCUCACUGCAAAUAUAUUUUAAGUUCCUCUCUUAAAAAACCUGGUAGAAUGUUUCCAAAUGCAUCAAAAACAGUCAAAGUGAAUUAUGUAGACAUCAUGCCAUGUUACCUGGAAGAUACCGAUAUAUGGAAAAAUUUUCGUGGUACAUUAUUUCGUUUUCCGCUUCGACAAAGGUGUGAUUCUGAACUGUCAACAAAAACAUAUUCAAUCGAGAACAUAGAACGAAUGUUUGAAGAUCUGCAGGAAAAAGUACCAGAGUGUCUCCUUUUUUUACACAAUGUAAGAUCGAUAAUAUUUUCAAAAAUAACAAUUUCUGGGUCGUUAGAAAGAAUGUUUUAUGUAGAUGCUAAAUGUGAAAAUAUAUUACCUAGCAAGGUUUCGUUAUUUUCUCUCUUGGGAGAUUCAAAGAAGCAAAUGGUUGAGAAUCCUGAAGAAAUCUGUAAAAUCCAGCAAAAAGUGUUCAAGUGUUAUCUAGAAAUGGACAUCAAUGGAUUACAAACGCAAAAAUGGUUGUUAGUGAAUGGAUUUGGUUUCAAUGCGCAAUACAGUAGUAUUCCUUUCUCUGUCCGGGAGGCUUAUAAGAUUGGCCGAUUAGCAUUGUUACCUUUUGCAGGUGUUGCUGUCUUCAUAAAAAAUGAAAACAUCGCCGACAUAGAUAAAGAGGCGAGUGAAAGCCAAGGACGUGAACAUCCGUCAAUGUUUAAAGCUUUUUGUAUUUUACCUUUACCAAAUGCCACCGGUUUACCAAUGCAUAUAAAUGGACAUUUUGCCAUAGACUCUGAAACUCGUAAGCAAAUUUUUUGGGUACCAGAUGACUGCAAUAGUAUUAAACAACAUUGGAACACAUGCUUAAUAAACAACGUACUGGUGCCAACCUAUGUCUCAGCCGUCGAACAUGUUCGGGACAUGCUAUUCAGUACAGAUAUAAUAGAAAGUAAUUCGGAAAGCAUUGAAAGAUUCUACAAAGUAUUUCCCAACAAUCGAAAUAUAGGAAGCAAGAUUUGUGAAUUCAUUGCAAAAAAGAUUUAUGAAUAUUUAUUUCAGAACGAUUGCAACGUUCUGCCAAUAUUUAAUAAAUACGAUAAGCCUGCAAACAGCACAACAACAAAAUAUGGUAAAUGUUUCCCUUAUAAAAAGAAAGCGAGUUCAAAGGAUUCCUCUUCUGAAGAACCAGAACUGUUAAGAGUAUCUUGGGAAUCAAUGGUAAAAGUAACAUUGAACAAAACUUAUUCUGACAAAUUUUCUGUAAAGUUGAAUGUCAUACCUGCAUUGAUGAAUACGUUUGGAAUGCAAAUAGUAGAGCCCCCAAAAUGGAUCUUUGAUAGUAUAAAACAAAUCGGAUUAGAUGUAAAUAUCUUCUCGCCAAUUUCUGUAAUCAGUUUUCUUAAAAAGCAAAAAGAUCAUGAGGCAUACAAAUUUAAUCUCUUAAGGACCGACGUUCCAGUUGAACAAACAGGGUUUAAGGAUUGUGAAACCGUUUGCUCUGUUCUAAACUUCUGUGUCGGAAGCUAUUCUUUACCAAAUGAAAAUUUAGAGAAUGUGCCUCUACUUUUAACCGCAGAUGGGUUCAUAAGAGUUUUUUCAACAGAUCGAAAAGUUUUGCUUACAAGUUUUCCAAAUUUGUUUCCAAUGUCGGCAAGUCUGAUUGCUCACGAAAAAGAACUCCACAUUCUAAGAAAUUGUAAUUCUAUUUUCUUGGAUUUUAUUGAAGAGUUGAGAAUUGAAAAUUUCUCUGAACAUUUAAGUGAAAAUUUUGGAAAAGAAAUGUGUGGAACCUUUGUUAAGCAAUGGUGCCCUUCUUCGGAGAUGUUACCAAACAAACAAUGGAUGUAUAGUGUCUGGAAAUUUUUAUCAGAACAGUUUAGUGACUUUUGUUUUACAUGUAAGAGGAAGGAAACUUAUCAUAUUUGUACUCGUUCAAAAGAGCAACUUUUAAAGGAGUUUUCAGAUUUAUUAUUGUUACAUUUGGAAAGAUGUAACAUUUUACCUGUGACAAGAGGAAACAAUGGACUAUUCAUUUUUCCGCUCAGAAGCGGAUCGAGAGUCCUACUCACACGGGGAUAUAAAAGAGAACACCAAGCUUUGCUGAAUAUGAAUGUUCCAUUGAUUGACUUAGAAUGUAUCCCUAACGAAGGAAAAUUUGCAUAUGAUUUAUUGCACAACUUGGUAGCAGAUAUGAACAAUGUUUUUUCCGUGCUUGAAUGUCUUCAGUGUAAUUCUUCUAGCCUGAUAUGUGAUAACAAAUCUGUUGAUACCAUACUAACCUUUCUCAAAGAUCAACUAGAGAUUCUUCGAACAAAAGAGGAAAGUAAACAAAAAUUGAGAAAUCUACCAAUAUAUUUUAGUAUAUCUGAUACAUUUAAAUCUGUAAAGGACAGAAAAGUAAUCCUACUUACAGAUGAAAUUCCCAAAAAUGGACUGUUGGAACUGGGUGAUGUAGAGAGAGUCAUCUUUCUGCCUGUAAACAAAACGUUUUGUCGGCUCUAUGAAUUUCUAGAAUUCACGGAACCUAGCAAGUAUGAUUUAUAUAUCAUGCAUAUUAUUCCUAAGUUUGAACUUUUACCAACCCGUGCAUUUGUAGAACACUUGGAAUUUAUCAGGGACAACCUUCUGCCUCAUCUUUUAAAUACUGAAAUAAUGAAAGAAAAAAGAGAACAAAUAAGAAAGUUGUUAAAAGAAACAGCUUUUUUAAUGAGAGAAGAUCGUCAUCUUGCAAGAGCUUGUGAAUUUUAUAAUCCACAUGAGGUAUUGUUCAAGUUCGAAAAUCAGCUUUCUCUGGCUUCAGAAUUGCCACCAAAACCAUUUAAUAAAAAAGUGUGGGAAAAAUUUCUCAUAUUUUCUGGAAUGAUGUGCGAAAUCAAUAUCACUGCUGAUAUAUUUAUUGCAUUUGCUAAACGUUUACAGAGUUUGGCAGAUAACACGGGCAUCAAUGACAUAGUAGAAAACAAUUCCAGUCAUUUGCUGAAGAUCUUAUUCACUGGACCCUUUAAUUUCUCGGAGGACCGAACAAUCUUACGUAAAGUGAGGGAACUGAGAAUUAUUUGUCCUCAUAAGAUGGAUGACAUUUGCUUAUCCUUCCUCAAACAGUACACAGAUUCAGGGCGUCUUAUAUGUUAUAGUGAAGCCACGUUACCAUCGAAUGGUUUGAUUGCAUGGUCACAAAUGAAUAUUAUUUCGAACAAAGCAGACCCAUCUCGUCUUCUGCAGGAUAGUCUUCACCUACCAUAUGUCAUGGUAGAAUUAAACAUACGCAACCCUACUCUUCAGUCCGUAGUUGCUCAUAUUCAGACAUUUUGUUCCUCCCUCCAACCGUUACUAGAGCAAUUAAAGUAUGAAAUUGUUGAAAAGGAAGUAGCAAAUAUCAUGCAAGAAGCCUAUGAAUACUUGUCUCUACAUGGAAACGCUUGGUCAAUUGAGAUCUUAAGUGCCGUUCCAUUUGUUUUCUUAAAAGAAAGAAAGAUAUUGACAACUCCUAAUCGUGUUGUUCUAAAUUUGAGAGAAACAGACGAAAUUUUUCCAUAUCUCUGCAAAGCAUCCGCAUUUUUUGGUCAAUAUCAAGAACUUUUUAAAAAGUAUGGAGCAGAAAAAGAUGCAAAAAGCAGUCACUAUGCAAAAGUUCUUUAUGAAAUUAAAUCAAAGUCAAGUGAUAGGGAGUUAAAUUUAGACGAACUGAAAAGCGUUCAGACAGCUAUUAAGGCGAUUUUUAGCAUUAGAAGGUCCGAAAAUAUCGAUGUACAUUUGGGCGUGCGCACGCUGUAUCUCCUGACUAAAGCAAGUAAGUUGGAGGACAGCAAAGAAAUGGUGUUUAUCGACAACAUUCUUCUGCAAAGACGAAUCGGCGUAAACAUGCCUACUAUCAGUUUUUUCAUAGGUUUUAAUAGUCUUCAAAUGGAUGUUAAAGACCAGAUGUCAGAGAUUAAGCUUCUACCCGAAAAAGUCAGACCGCAGUUACUUUCCAGACUUGUAACGGAAGUUUUAGAAGUGAAUAGCAGUAAAACCAUAAUAAAAAAUUCUGUUACUGCUUUGUGUCUGGAAGCUUUUAUUUGUUCUCCUGAAUUUUUGGAAGGAAUAUACAGAAUUAUUCUAGAUAAACAUUCUCGAUGUGACAUGUCUUUCUCGGAGGCGGAACAACUGACUGUGGAACGCAAACUUAAAAACAUUUCUUUCACUCAGCUUGAAUACCUGACAACUGUGCUGGAGUAUGACGAUAAAGUUCUGCCAAAUACAGAAGAAACAAACACAGUUUUCGCAAAGAGGAAAACAAUUGCGAGUGGUGAAAUGCUUUCCAUUUACUUCACAAUGUGCGGAUGUACAAGUACAAUUACAUGGAUGAAUACAAAUUCAAUAUCAAUAUCAACGCAGAUAAAUGAUUAUCUUGACAAUAUUCUGGGAGAUAGAAUUAUAUUCCUGCCAAAAAUUCUAGAAUGCUUCCAAAAUGCUGCUGCCAUCCCUUGUGUGUUAGACAGUCUGAAGAUAAUGAAAUCUGACGGAUCAAUUCCUGGUCCAACAGUCCAACCAGAAACACUUGUACCAGUUCCAGCCCUUCCUCCGUCGGAAAGUGAACCUCAACAUGAAGAAGCCAAAAGAUGGAUAUUUCAAGCAGAAAAGGAUUUUGUUGCUGCUUCCAACGAUUGCUUCCCAGAUUAUUAUAACUGGGCCUGUUACAAAUGUCAUCAGGCGGCUGAAAAGGCAUUGAAAGCUCUUUGGUAUGAAACAGGUGGAAUCGAAAGAGUUCAUAGCUCACACAAUCUCAAAGAACUGCUGCCUUCAAUUGCUGAUAUAUCAUUACGCGACCUUAUCAAUCAGCUUGAAGGUGUAACAGGGAAUUAUUUCGGCAUGCGUUAUCCCGAUGCUGUUUCAAGGAGCUGCAUUCCAUCCGAACUUUACACGGAAAGCGAUGCGACAACGGCAAAAGAACUUACAAAUGAAAUUCUACAAAUUGUGAAGAACAGACUAUCCAGACAUUGAUUUCUGUAAG